AUGGAUUGGAAGAUUAUUCGUUUCCUUCCAGAAAUUCAAUUCGAGAAGCAAGUUGCUCUUCAUGUGUUUAGAUAUUGCAAUGAUCACUUUGAAUUGCAUACGAGAUAUAUUGAAAAUCAUUUUAAAAAGCACAACUUAUUCUCAGAUAAGGAGUGGAUUAAGCAAGUGGCCACUAAAUAUUGUACUCGUGAUUAUAUUCUUUCGGCCAUUUCAUCAUGUCUUUCAGAUGGAUUGAGGAAAGAUAAGGAGAUUGCCUGUAUUUUAGGAAAGGUCUUACGAUCACUUAUGGCAUUUGAUGAUUCGAUCAAAUCUGAUAGAGACGUGGUUUUAAAAGUUGUAAGACAUAAUGCAACGGCUCUGACAUGUGCAGAUGGAAAAUUCAUGAAUGAUUUUGAAAUUCUUUGUGCUGCUGUGAGGAAUAAUUCUUCAAUUCUUUAUGCGAUUAGUAAUAUUGAGUUUUUAAAGUAUUGGAUUAAGAAAAGGCCCUUGGAUUACAAAAAAUUAUCUUCAGAAAUGCAAGCAAAUCCAGAUCUAGCUCUUAUGGUUGUCAAGGAAGGCUUUUUCAAAUUAAAUAGCAUUCCACAAAAUAUCAUCAGUCAGGAAAUGGUACUUGAAGCACUGAAAAUAGAUCCAACCAAUUUGCAAUAUGCUCGAAACUUUCUUAAGGACAAAACAGUUUUCAUUGAAGCUGUGAAACAAUCUCCAUCCAAUAUUGUAUAUGCUGAUUCGAGUUUGAGAACAGACAAGGAUUUCAUUCUCCAAUUGAUAGAAAUUAACCCCAAUGUAAUGAGAAACAUUGAUUAUCCAUUGAACGAUGAUGUUGAUAUUGCUCGACAGGUUGUCCAAAGAAAUGGCCUUCUAUUACACUAUUUCUCAGCAUCAAUUAGGGAAAAUAUUGAGAUUGUUAAAAUGGCUAUAGGGCAGAACCCAAAUUCAAUUCAAUCCAGUUUGAUUCAGACCUUGGACAUUGUGAUGGAUGCUGUACAAACUGAUGGAACGUCUUUACAAUAUAUUUACUCUAAAUUCAAGGACCAAAGAGAAGUUGUAUUGACAGCUGUCAGACAAAAUGGCAUAGCUCUCAAGUUUGUCCAAAAUUCUUGGAAAAUGGAUCGUGAAAUUAUUAUCAAAGCUCUCAAUAAUGGCUGUCCUUUCAUGUAUGUCGAUCCAAGCUGGAGAAGAGACAAAGAGAUUGCUUUGGUGGCCUUGAGUCAUGAUUCAAGAGCAUUCAAACUAAUAGAUUUAUCCAUUAGAAAUGAUGAAGAAAUUCAAAAAUCCCACACAAAGUCUACCAGUUUUUGGACUUUGCCAUUUUACCAAGAAAAGACAUGUUGA